AUGUCGACAAUAAUGAAGACCCCACGUCCACGUCUACGAAGACCCCACGUCGAUUCCUUUUUUGACAACGCCGAAAAAGAUUUUAGUUCCUCUAUUUGCCCUGAGUCCAAUCAUGGUGUUACUGGUGACAAGGACAAAAACUCCACUCCCUUGAAACUUUCCUGUUUUACUUCAGAAGCAAAGUUGGAUAAAAAUAAAGAUCUGGUGUUUGAUACGACAAGAAAGUUCCCAACCGACCGUGGUCAUUUUAAGGAAAACAUAACAGAUUGUGAUUUGUAA